UCGCUCCCAGUUCAACAUACGAGCUGAGAUCUCCAAAGAUCUACCAAACUCAUCAACUAUGAAGUGCUUCGUUGUAAGUAUAAUCAUUACGCUUUUACGUAUCAAACAUUAAUUAUAUUAUACACUUUAAUCUCUCUUUGUUAUUUUUUUUAAAAACAUAAUAAUCUGUAACGCGAGAUGAAACUAUAAUCGUACCGUUGUUUGGAAAAAAUAUAAGAAUAUGCAUUUAGUUGGCUGGAAGAUUAUGUAUCUUCAAUAUGCAAUCAUUCGAAAACACAUUCAGUUUAAUUGCUGUCAUAAAUGUAAAGGCAACUGUCAAUUAUAAUUACCGCUUUAAAUAAUAACCUGUCAUUAAAACAAAAAAGAAAAAAGACAUAUACAGUUGAACAAAAUGUCGAAUAAUCUUAUGUGUCGUGAGAUUGUUUUCCAAUUCUCAAAUAUUUAUUGUUUUUAGGCUAUCGUUCUCUUGGCUCUGUUCGCUGUAGCCUUCGCUGCAGAGAAACCAGCAGAGCCUGAAAAGAUUGAACAGUUACCGAGCGCAGAAGCUGCGGACGCACCACGAGACAAGAGAGGUCUAUUGCUGAGCUACACUGCCCCAGUUGCACCAAUUGCACCAGUUGCAUACACUUCUUAUGCUGCAGCACCAAUUGCCUACAGUGCCAGUUACAGCUUGCCCUACGCCUACCGCUCGUACCCUUACUACUAUAGCUCCUACUACGUGGCUUAAAUCAGGUGUUCCAGAGCUAGUAAUAUAGAACAUUUUCAAACUCAAGGAAACGACCAUGGCAAUCGCAAGGAAGAAUAACCGAGUUAUUUUACGUUUUUACUUUAAUAGAAUUAAGCUCAGAACAAAACCAAACGAAAUUUUUCCGCCACGUUAAUACUCAGAACGCUCAACACUAUUUUUGGAUGUAAUAUUCAAUGUACAUAGCUGCUUUAGCAAAUGUACGUUAAUUACAAUAUUUUGUUGUAUCUUGUAAUGUGAAAUACAGAAAAUAAUUAAAUUUACACA